AUCUCUUAAUAUUUCGUAAGUCUAUGUACAAAAACAUAUUCGAAGAUGGCGUCGCUCAUUGACAACUACGAACAACAAUACGCUGUUUUGACAGCUGACAUCACUGCAAAAAUCGGGAGAAUAAGAGUUCAAAGCGGUAGUGAGAAAAGAGCAUUUAUUCAAGAUGUUGAUCGGGAAAUCGAAGAAGCUCAAGAAUUGCUUGAGCAAAUGGAACUGGAAGUUCGUGGGAUGAGUGGAAAUGCCCGUGACCGUUUACGUGGUCGUGUGGAAAGUCAUAGGGCGGAAUUAAAACGAUUAACACAAGAAUUUCAGUCAGCAAAAAGACCAAAUGAGGAUGUUAUUGAUAUAGCUGCAGAAGAGUCAUGGGAAAGCAAUGUAACAGAAGAUCAGAAAAAAAGAUUAUUAGAUGCUUCUGACAGAAUAGAUAGAACUGGAAGAACAUUGCAGAACGGUUAUCGCAUGGUAUUAGAGACUGAGGAAAUUGGUUCGCAAGUUCUAAAAGAUUUACAUGAUCAAAGAGAAACGAUACAAAGAGGUCGAGGACGGUUACGAGACACGGAUGCAGAACUAGGACGUGGAUCUCGUUUAUUAACAGGGAUGAUCGUACGAAGUCUUCAACAAAGAUUAAUUUUAGCAGUAGUAGCUUUAGUAUUAAUAAUAGUCAUGUGUUUUGUGGUGUAUUAUAGCUUUAAGUCUAAAAGUUAAAAAAAGAAACAAAAAGCAAAUAUAGAGCUUUGUGUUCAACGGAUCGAUUGUAAGACAUAUAUAUAUAUAUAUAAUUAGUAAAUUUGCGAUAUUAUUUUUACCAAAUGCAACACAAUUGUUAGGUAAUAAUUAAAUUAUAAAAAUUACGCACGCGCGUGCGCGCGUGGAAUGUCGUCUUAACGUAAUUUCAAUUUUUCACCUUGCUUAUAAUAUUUUGCGCGUAAUUGUUACUUGAUAUUGUAUCAAUAGUAAAUUAUAUAUCUCAGAAUUUCUUAUAUUAUGAAUGUAUACAAUAACAAAAAAAGUUCCAACAAUAUCUUCAGGUCGAGCAUUUCCAAAGUUAAACAACAGUUCGAGAUAGGCACUUCAGGCACAUUAUCGUGAAAUAAAAUGGGGAAAGAUUUUUUUUUUGUUUAUCUACGAUUAACUCUAUUAUAUCAUAGCAACGUGAGUGAUGACUAAUUCAUGGAAAUUUUUGAUAACACUGUGAUUACUAUUAAGUUAAUUAUUUUUCACUCUCUAUAACUUAUUGCUUAUUUUAGAAAUCGUUCAACUUUAUCACAUUCCAAUGAGCUGAUCGAAGUCAUAACUUAUCUUUUAUUUUUCGUCCUAAUCUACAAUAAUAAUGUAUUUAAUUCUUCUAUGUUUUCUUCUAAAGUGUUACAUUACUAGAAUAUAUAUAUAUAUAUAUACAUACAUACAUACAUACAUACAUACAUACAUACAUACAUACAUAUAUAUAUAUAUAUAUACAUGAAAUUUUAACUUUUAAAACAAAAUAUACUUAUAAAAACAAAAUUCUUGUUUCUUGAAAAAAAGAAAUCGGUGAGAGAAUAUGACGACAAUACAAAUAUAAAGCAAUGACGCAUCAUAUAACAUUGUCAGCACUCAUUAACAAACUUGACAAAAAAGACACUAUUAAAUAGAGAUAGAGAUAGAGAUAGUGAGUGAGUGAGAGAGAGAGAGAGAGAGAGAGAGAGAGAAGUACUAGGCGCGCCUAAUAAUAUAACACAUUUUAUUAGAUAUAAUAUUAUCAAGUACCUCAAUAACUUAAACGGUGCUUCUUCUGCGACGCUCUAUAUAUCUGUGAAAAUGAUUCAUAAUAAAAGUAUUAAGACUUUAAGGAAUAUUUGA